AUGGCCAAGACUGCUUCAGAUUGUCAAACACCAUGCCAGGCCUCACAUUAUGGUUAUGCUGCCACCUUAUUCCCUCACACUAGAGCCAGGGUUCUGAAAGUUGUCACCAUGAUGAACAACAAAACUUUGCUAUGGAGGUCCAUGCUCAAAAUGUCUCUGACCUGCCGAAGUUUGUCCUUUGUUUGGGAGUUCACUGUUUGUUGGUACACUCAUGAAGAGCUUGCAAAGGAUGAUCAUGACAGUGGCUCUAGCUCUACCAAUCGCAGUAUCUCAGACAGCUCCAAGCUUUCAGCCAAGCCCCGUCGCAUCCAACAGGCAGCCCCUAGUGACCCGGACCUUCCCCCAGGUUAUGUGCAGAGCCUGAUUAGGCGUGUGGUGAACAACGUAAACAUUGUGGUCAACAACCUGAUCCUCAAGUAUGUUGAAGAUGAUAUUGUUCUUUCCGUCAACAUAACCUCAGCAGAGUGCUACACAGUGGAUGAUUUAUGGGAGAGGGCCUUUAUGGACAUCACUGCUUCAGAGCUAGUUCUGAGAAAAGUGAUCAACUUUUCAGAUUGCACCGUGUGCUUGGACAAGAGAAAUGCCAGCGGCAAGAUUGACUUUUACCAGGAUCCCUUGUUAUACAAGUGCUCCUUCAGAACACGACUGCAUUUUACGUACGAAAACAUCAGUUCCAAGAUCCCAUCUGUCAUCAAGAUUCACACGAUGGUGGAAAGCCUGAAGCUGUCCAUUACUGACCAGCAGCUGCCCAUGUUCAUCAGGAUUUUAGAGCUGAUCAUCGCCCUCUAUUAUGGGGAAAUAGGAGGACACAACCAGAAUGAGGGUGAAGAAGGAAUUGGUCAUGUCAGAGAUAGCGGAGCGAGUUCACCAGGGAUGGAUGUUGAAAUGGAAAGCUUGGGCUCCAGCCAGGACCUUUACAUGGAACCUGGGAGUCCCGAGGAAGUGGACCAGGGUUGGAUGUCCUGGGCUUGGUCCUUCGUCCCUGCCAUUGUAGGCGCAGAGGAGGAAGGAGAGGAAGGUCUUUACCCACAGAACGAAACUGGAGACAAUUCCAACAACCCCCAGCAGCACACGUGCAAAGACCCUGUUGUUUCUAUAGGUUUCUACUGCACUAAAGCCUCCGUCACCUUCAAGCUGACAGACUCCCAAUCAGAAAGCAGCUACUACAGUCCUCAGAAAGUCAAGUCCAAAGAAGUUCUGUGUCUGGAGCAAGAAGGAAUCACUAUCGAGGUGCUCAUGAUGGGAGAACCCUUCUUUAAUUGUCAGAUUGGCUUUGUGGGCUGCCGGGCACUCUGCCUGAAAGGCAUCAUGGGAGUUCUGGAUUUUGAAGAAAAUGUGAACAGACGUGAAGAGGAGGCAGUGUUCCUGUGCUGUGGAGAAAACCUGAGAAGUAAAGGGAUGACUUACCUGACCAACUCGCUUUUUGACUACCGCAGUCCAGAGAACAACGGAGUGAAAGCUGAAUUCAUCCUGGAUUCCACUAAUCACAAGGAGACCUUUACAGAGAUGGCAGGCAUGCAGCGCUUUGGGGCUUUCUACAUGGAUUAUCUCUACACAAUGGAGAACAGCAGCUCCAAAGGCUCUCAGGACUUUUCGGUGUUGAGCACUGAUGAAUUAUUGCCAAAACUUGAAGAGACUUCUAUUAAAAGACUGGUGGUGGGACCUCUGGACAUCCGGCUGCACAGUAGCUCUGUCCACCGCAUCCUCAAGAUGAUCACCUGUGCCAUGGAGCAUGAAUACGAACCCUACUGCAAACCAACUCAAGACAUUAUUGAGGUUUGCAACGUUGCAGCAACUCCAGAAGAGAUUUCACACUUAGAAGAGUUCAUCCCAGUCAGACUCAGCUGUCUCACUCUGCUCCAAGUGUCAGUCACCGUCUCCAUGGCAGAGUUCAACCUCCUUCAUGCACUCAUUCCAGUCAUCAUGGGACACAAGGCUUCAGCAGGCCUAGUCUCUGUGCCGGUGUUUCAGUCACAGCCACUCCUGCCCUCUGUACAGUUCCAGGUUGAAAGGGUAAAUGUUGAACACUCUGUGCCAAUGUAUGCUCCAGAACUGGUUGCUACUGUCAGCAGUCUAAGCCAGCCUCCCGACAACCUGCUGCAUCACUGUUAUUCACAUCUCUACCUCAAGGUGUUUGGAUUCCAGGCAGGCUUGACAUGCCAAGACAGCACAGGCUGCUUCUUACCGCCCAUCUCCAUCAUCCCCUCCUUCAGCACCGCAGUCUAUGGGAAGCUCAUUCAGACGCCUGCAUUGUGGAACAAAAGAUCAUCAGUCCCUAUGACAGAAUGCAUUUUUGAACUUCCUCACUUCACUAUUCAGGCUACAAGGGCCCAAACUUUCUUGCUCCAAGCGAUUUAUCAAAGCUGGACACACAGCAUGGUGAAUGGAUCCACUGUGGUGCUCAGUGAAAGUCUGCUUAACGAGGUGUUCAAUGUUUCAGGUGUGAAAUAUCCAGGCCCGUCACCGACUCUUGAAGGCUUGGUCCAAAACCUGGAGCUGAAGUUCUGCAGCCGUGCGAUGGUUAAAUGUGCCUCGGGAACUGUGGGAGCUGUAAAAGUGUGCGCCAGGACCCCAGGUUCAGGAGAAGGAGUAAAGGAAAAGUUGGUUCCUCUAAUCCAGGGCCCAUCUGACACCAAAGAGCUUCAUACGAGUCGCUGGCUGAAUGAGAUUCGCAAGCCUGAAUCUUUACUGGCUCCUGACCUGCUGGCAUUUUCUGUCCAAGUUCCUCAGCAAGGAGACGAUUGCAGGAACUCCGGUAAGAGCUGA